UAAAGUAACUAAAUCUCAGCAAUCACCACCAACAAGCUAUGAGAAUAAAAUUCAGGAAUCCGGUAGCAAUUCAUCAAAGUGCAAUAUGUCGUCAUUUACUACUGGUGAUUCAGGAUAUGGUAAAAGCUUGGAGAAAGAUGGCAUUAAUGAUCCGUGUACAAGUCAAGCCAGCUUUUGUAAUCAGACAUGGAAAAAAAAUUCAAGUGAUUCCAUUGGUAACAACAUGGAAAAUUUUUCUACAUGUUUAGCUCUCACUGAAGAAACUCUCUCUGUGCACAACAGAAUGCAGCAUAAACAUCUUAAGCAGCAUCAACGCAAGAAUAAAGUUACUUUAGGUGUUAGCACAGUUUAUCUCAGCAAUCACCACCAACAAAAAAAUCCUUUGAAAGACAGUAAUUGGUUUCAACAAAAGGAGUCUGGUCAUGUAAAGCAUAAAAAGAGUUCUCAUUCUCAUAAUUUAACUGCAUCGACACCAACACAAACAGAUUUAGUAAAAGUGACUCCUGCUUCCCAGUCUGUAUUUAGAUGCCAAGCAUCCGUGCCUUCCAGUGUUUCUGAUUCGCAUGCUAAUUCCAUGUGUACACCUAAUAUUUCCCAUCCAUGCAUAUUCCCUCCAAAUAAUUGUACGGGGUCACCAGCUACUCCAACACCAUUCUUUAUACCAGUUGUUUAUAUGGGGAGUAUGCCUUAUUAUCCUCCUUUAUCUGCUGUACACCCUCAAACUGGAGGUUCUUUCUGGCCGUGUUCACCGUCACCACCCAAUGAAAUAUAUACUGGGGGUUUUCCAUUUCCUAUUGUGCCACCUUCAUGUUCUUUAAAUUCAAGUGCAAUGACACCUCCAUGCUCUGUACAUUCAAGUACAGUAUUUCCUGCUGGAUUUCCUUAUCCUGCAAAUGCAAACUGCAAUGCAUUGUCUGGAAAUCCAUAUGGAGUUCGUUCAUCUGGAGUCACUACAACUACACUUCUUACUACAACUACAACUACUGUUGCUUCUGGAACAUUGCACACAUUUAAGAAUACAGUGGCGUGUUCUGUUGAACCAACAACAGAAAAGCAGGUGCCCAAGUUGAAAGAUGUGAUGAGCAGCAAAAAAUUUGUAAAAACUGAAGUAACAGAGUCUGACAUGCAGAUAGAUGAUACGCAGUCUUCAUUUACUCAGAGUUCUUCAUUCCAGUCUGCUGAAAAAGAUGAGGAUAUGGAUAUCGAAAUGAAAAAAAAUUAUGCUCAACCUCCUCAUCCCGAUAAGAUUGAAUUGAGUGCUGAUAUAGCUUAUCGAUAUCAGAUGAAUUUACCAAAUGUGGAAGAUGUCUUGAAGAAGGAUAUGGAAGCUUUAAAGUCAAUGCAUCAACCAGAACUUGUAAACAAACAGUUGCAGCAACUUCAGAAUGAACUGAAAGAUGAAAAUGAUGGCAAAGCAGCAACCAGUGGAGAAUUUUGUAUGACAGAAGCAGUUAUGUUAGGGUUUACAACAGAAGAUGAAGUCAGUGAGUACAUUUGCAGAUCCUCAAGUAGAAUUUGGAGACUCAACUCAUUUUUUAAGGAGUUGGAAUACCGGGAGGCAAGUCUCUUGCAACUCAUGUGCGAGGAUUCAUAACUUUUUUCACGAUAAAUUAUUCCUAAAAUAAUUUCAUCACUUUUGUCACCUCAGCUGUCUUAUUUGGUCAGAAUGCUACAUUUUUUUAGAACUUGGACAUACAUCAAGUGUGGACAUUUUAUUGGCUAUUUUUGUUAUCAUAUACUGGAAAAAACCUUGCCAAACUCAUAUUUUUUUGCCAUGAAGAACUACGAGAUGUCUUAUAAACUUGCCUUUUCUUGUAUCUAAACAAUGUUUUUCUCUUUAAAUUUCACAUUUGCAUUUAUUAAAGGAGUAAAAUAUUGUUUUGUAUGCCUGUUAUUUAGUAAUAAUAUUUUUUAAAUUUCAUGUUCAAAUAUCAAAAUGGAUAUUUUUCAUUAUUCAUUUCAUGUAUAUUACACUCUAAUAUAUUCACUGUAAAAUAAAUGUUUGUAAACAAGCACUCUCCCCCCCUUUUUUUUUAAAAAAAAAAAAAGCUGUGUUUAGAGAAAAUUUGUACAAUUCAUGGGAUUUUCAGAUCAUGGUAUUAUUUUAUAUUUUGUGCUAUUUAUGGACUUAUUGAUAUUAUAUAAAUAUUAACUUGCUAAAAUGUAUUUCCAUUUCUGUUAUGCCAUAAAAUCAUUUUUAGUGCAUUCAAAAUUAUAAACAUUAUAAUGAACACCAAAAUUUCAAAUAGACUAUGCCUUUAAGCUAUGUAAUAUUGGUGUUUAACACUCAGAUAAUACAUUUUCUGAUUAGUUUAUAAUGACAUCAUAGACAUUGAAAGGUACAAAGCUAAAUAACAAGAUUUUUAUAUUUCAGAAGUCUCACAAAGCAGUGUCUUAAAGUAUGUAAGAGAUAAUUCAGGAAAAAGGUUGUUUUCAUUGUGUUGAUUUUAACUGAAUGUGCAGAUUAUUGCAUUUUUCGUACCUUCGAAAAAUGCUUUGAUUUUUAGAAUGGCCUGAUGCUAAUAUAUCAAACACAGGUAAUUUUUUAGGUAUCUUUCACCAUAUGUUUUAGAAGAUGGCUUGAAGUAAUGAUUUAUAUUGUUGCUUUGCGCUGAAAUGUUAUUCAAAUGAGUAAAAACUUUACUCACUGCUCUUUGGGUUUCGUCCCAUGGGUGCUGUCAAUCAGAAUUGGGAUGGAGCUUAAAUGUGUGCUUUUUGUCUUAAUUAAAUUAUCUAGUCAAUUUUACUGAUAUACUUAAAGUUUUUUAAAUUAUUAUUUGAUUUAAAGCUGCGAAAUGAAGUGUAUUUCACUGAUAGAUUUAAUUUUAAUGUAAUUUUGUGAUGUGGGUUAAUUUAUACAAUAUUAAUUUUAAAUUAAUGUAUUUCAGAAAAACUUGUCAAAUAUCCUUUCUUUUGCAUGAAAUACUUAAAUUACCUGCAUAUCUUAAAAUAAUUUUGAGAAAAAAAGAUACUUGCAUCAAUAAUUUUGUAUUUUUUGAAUGAAUUGGACCGACUCCAUGUAUAAUUUUUCGAACAUUCAGAUAAUUAAAAUUAUAUUAUUCAUAAGAAUGAUUUUAUGCUUUAUUUGGAAAUUAUACAUCAAAGAUUAUUUUGUGAUGUAAGGUCAAUUUUUUAUUAUAUUUUAAUAUUUAUAUUUAAUGAAUUACAAAGUGUACAUGUAAAAUGCUAUAUAAUGUUUUCCUAAAAUUUUAAUAAGGAAUUUUUUUCAGCUUUUUUCAUUAUGUAAUCUAUGUUUAAUUAAUGGUUUAUGAUAUGAUAAAUUCUUACAAAAACUUUCAGUAUUUUAACUUCCAUGUCAUAUAAAACUAGAUUUUGCUGUUUAUUAAUUUUUCAUAAAUAAAAUUUUACAAUUUUUUUUUAUUGAAAAUAAAGUAUUCGAUGCCUGUGAAAAUGAAUUUACUUAUUAUCUGAUAUGUAAUUAUUGACCUGAUGUCCAUUGAAGGAUUUACUGAAAAUAGAAAAUGCAGGGUGUUUUUAAACAAUAAUUGAUUUCUUUAUAUUAAUACUUUGAGUUUUCUUGUAAAAUAUGAUAUAAAAGGCAUCUUGAUUUGUUUCUUUUAUCUGUGCAAAUAUAUAUAUGUAUUUAUGUAAAGUUCAAAAUAAGAGGUCUUUUAUGUAUCACACUUAAAAAAGAUUAGUAUGGAAAUUAUAAGUUUAUUCAUGUUGAAAAUGGUAAUGAUAAAAUGCUAUUGAUUUUAUGGUGAAUCUGAUUUUUUCUAGAACGAUAAUAUUCAAGUUAUUUUUUUUUUAAAAAGAGUUUGUUAUGCUGUUAUGCACACUGUAUACUAUUGUAUAGUUAUUAAAUAGUUAAAUCUUAGUAAAUUUCAUCAAGAAACAUACUUAGUCAUAAAUGUUACUUAAUGAACUUUAUAAAUGAAGCAUAUGAAGUGGUGUCAUGUGAUUUACAAUAUUGUAUAAAACUUAAAGAAGAAACAAUCUGUGUUUCUUCUUUACACAAGAAGAAACUUAUUCUUUACCUCAAGAAGCUGUGGAUGUUAGUUUAUUUUGUUUGGAAUUAUGCAGUGUAUAGAUAACUUUCAGCUGGUUUUAUUGAAAGGAAAAAUGGUAGAUAGGCCUCUUGUUUUUUUUACUUUAAUUAAUACAGUCAUCUGUUUUUCAAAAAAUUGCUUGUUAUAAAACUUCUUAGCUAAAAUGCAAAUGAGAUAUCAACCUAUCUCUCCUUUUUUAAUGUAGACAAAAUAUCUAAAAUGAAAAAGGACAACUGCAUUUUUUGUAAGGAUAUUUAAUUUAGUAAAUUUUAUGCAGUUAAUUCUCAGAAUGAAAAUGGAGUUAUUCAUAAAUUAUAAUAUUUGUAAUUCAAAGUUUUGGACACUAGUUUUAUCUAAAAAUAUGUAAUCCUGCAGUUUCUAAAUCUGGUAAUUUUAUUUAAAAAUAAAUUGUAAAUAUUUAUAAAUUGUUCAAAUAUUUAUAGCAGUAUCUUUUAGAUUAUUUCGUUAUAUAUAUAUAUAUAUAUAUAUAUAUACUAAAUAAUGCAUACUUUUUGUAAAUAUUUAUAACAUUGAUAAUUUCAUUUACUUUAUAACAAGGCUUUGCAGUAUUAUAAAAAUGUACUGGGAAAUGUUAAUAUGUGUGAAACAUCCAUAUUUGUCCAUUCAUCAUUUCAUGUUUUGUAAAUAAAACAUUCUUAUAAAAUA